CGAUCGAAGGGAGGGAGAGAGAGAGAGAGGGAGAGAUGGGGGAGGGGUUUUAAAAAAAACAUUUCGAUUAAAAAAACCGUUGAAGGGGGAAAAAAAGAAACAAAACCGCUGAGGUGGUGGGGGAAAAACAAAGAAGUCGACAAAGAAUGAAUAAAUAAAUCGGGCGACGGAUCGAGGAAAGCCAAAAAAAAACAGGGCGCCGCGUCGAAAGUUCGAGAAGGAGCGUCGUUUCCGUUGAAAGUUUUUUUUUUAAAAAAAUACAACGGGCGCGGGUUUCGGUUUAACUGGAAAAGAGGAAACUCACGGCGAUGAGCGGCGGCGGCGGCCCCGGGGCCAAGUUGCCGCGUCUUGAGGCGCCGGAGCGCGGAGACGAACCGACGGCGGCGGCGGCGGCGUUGGGCGCCAAGCCGACGGUGGUGGUGGUGGCGGCGGCCGCGGCGGCGUCCGCGCAUGCGCCGCCCGUCGCCCGGGCGACCCCGGCCGCCGGGGAGACGCAGCGCGCGCUGGAGGCGGUGGACGCGUGCCAGCGCGAGCUCGAGGCGCUGAGCGAGCGCGCGGGCGAGGAGAUCCUGCGGGUCGAGCGCAAGUACGGCGAGCUGCGGCGGCCGCACUUCGAGCGCCGCAACCGGCUCAUCGAGGACAUCCCCGGCUUCUGGGUCACAGCCUUCCUCAACCACCCGCAGCUCUCGGCUCUCAUUGAUGAGAAUGACGAGGAGGCAUUUAAUUACAUGACGAGGCUGGAGGUCGAAGAAUUUGAAGACAUCAAGUCGGGCUACAGAAUUAAGUUCCACUUCGGCGAGAACCCUUACUUUGAGAACAACCUCAUCAUCAAAGAAUUCCACCUGGGAACCGGAGGGAAGCCUGUGUCCCAGUCCACCCCCAUCAAAUGGAAGAAGGGCAUGGAUCUGACGGCGUUGAGUAAAGGCCUGGAUGAAAAAGGACGCAAGCGAGGCCAUCGCAGUUUCUUCUCCUGGUUCACCGAGCACCGGAACCCCACCACUGAUGAGAUUGCUGAGGUACUAAAGGACGAUAUGUGGCCAAACCCUCUGCAAUACUUCCUGAUUGCUGAGAGCGAGAGUGGGGAAAACGGACUGGACGACAGUGAUGAAGAGAAUGGGGAUGACUCAGUGGUCAUUGUGGACGAGGACGAAGAUGAGGAAGAGGACGAUGAAGAUGAUGAUGACGUGCAGGAGAUAGUGGACGAGGACGAUGACGACGAGGAGGAUGGUUAGUCAGCUGUGAAAGCCUGGGCUGACAGAGGGAAACUAAACUGGAUCAUUCCCCGCAACACCCCCAGUCCCGUCCCAGACACUGGCUCACGUUCAAAUUCCGGAAAUCCGGUAUCAAACAUUAGGGAUGUGAGCCAGCGGAUCCCUGACCCGAGUCAUAGUCAUACAGCACAGAAACAGACCCUUCAGUCCAUGCUGUACAUAAUCCCAAACUAAACUAAGCCU